AUGGCACACUCCAACCAAGCUGCCACACUCACCAAGGCUCUCAUAAGCCUCAUCAGCAAUACACAGAGUUAUGAUGAAGUGUGUGCCUACAUGGCGAGCCACAAGUCGCUCAGUGACCCGACCAUGAGGAAGCGUGUGGUGAGCGGACAGGCAGGCGACUACUGCACCCCACUCAUCACAGCGUGCAUCAUGGGCAAGCUGUGCAUCCUCCAGUAUCUGCUGGAACAAGGCGCCAACCCCAACGUCCCGUGA